CUGAUAUACAGCCACUCUGAAACCUCCUCGAAGUUUACUCUACAUUCAAAUGUUUGUAUAUCAUUUACGUUCGACAUCAUGAUGCAAUGAUUGAAGUUUUCUUAUAUGUGUUAUUGUUUUGUCAUGAACAAGUUCAUUGAUUUGUUUAUUGAAACUUAGUGUAUAAUUUUGUCUUUAAUUUUUACUACCUACUGCUAGUUUGAGAUGUUUCAGCGGUAUUUUUUUAGAGCUACUCCGUUAAGGACUUCGGAGGUUUUGUUUUCGAUCAAGCUUAGCAAUUGGAGACAUUUUCGGCACAGAUCAACUACACCCAUUAAUACAGUUUUAAUGUUUGUUCCUCAACAAGAGGCUUGGGUUGUAGAAAGAAUGGGGAAGUUUCAUAGGAUUUUGGAACCUGGACUGAAUGUUUUGUUACCAGUUGUUGAUUCUGUGAAAUAUGUGCAAAGCCUGAAGGAAAUGGCCAUAGAUAUUCCUAAGCAAAGUGCUAUAACUGCUGAUAAUGUUACUUUAAAUAUUGAUGGUGUCCUGUACUUAAGAAUAUUGGAUGCAUAUCUUGCAAGUUACGGUGUGGAAGAUCCAGAAUUUGCGAUCACACAACUAGCUCAAACUACUAUGAGAUCAGAACUGGGGAAAAUUACUCUUGAUAAUGUUUUUAGAGAGCGAGAAAAUUUAAAUGUCAAUAUUGUUGCUUCAAUAAAUAAAGCUAGUGAAGCAUGGGGGAUAACAUGUCUUCGAUAUGAAAUUCGUGAUAUUAAACUUCCUCAGCGAGUACAGGAGGCUAUGCAAAUGCAAGUUGAGGCAGAACGUAAGAAAAGGGCUGCAAUAUUGGAGUCAGAGGGAGUUCGUGAAGCAGAUAUUAAUGUUGCUGAAGGUCAAAGGGCUUCUAUAAUUUUAGCUUCAGAGGCUGAGAAGCAGCAGCAAAUCAAUAAAGCAAAUGGAGAAGCUGAAGCUUUACUGGUGUUAGCAGAUGCUCGAGCAAAGGGUUUGGAUAUUGUUGCAAAUGCUUUACACUCGAAGAAUGGAAGAAAUGCUGCAUCUUUACAUUUAGCUGAACAAUAUAUUGAUUCUUUUGGCAAGUUAGCCAAAACUAACAACACUAUGAUCCUGUCUAAUGAAGUUAAUAAUGUACCUUCUUUGAUCAGUCAGGCAUUGGCGAUCUACAAUAAUGUUUCACAAAAUCAGCUUCAGACCGAUUGUAUUUCUCCUGAUAAUAUUUUAGAUAAUGUGAAACCAAAGAGAAUUAGUAGAGAAUAUUUGAGUGAUGAUGAAAAUGAUGUAAAAUAAAUAUUUUUAAUGU